GAAAGCGCAUCGCUGACGGGAUUGGAUUGUCUACAUGAUCACAUCUAUAAUUGGAGCCUGCUCCUAGGUAGCUGUCAUUCAAUGAUAAUCACAAGGCCGUCCGUCCUUUUUGUCGUUGCCUGGGGGGCGCCGUCCGUAUCGGGAGUUCCAAGCUCCGGGUGCUGCUAUUUUUUUGGGCCAGCUUGCAUUCCCUCCACCGGGCUGCCAUUUCAACUGUACCAAGUACACCGUAACCUUACCCCUCGACACGGGAUAAGGCACAACGACCGCCUAUCGCCAGAGCCGCGCAUUCUCUCCCUCUCCACAUCCCACACAUCAUCUACGUCGACUCCCUCGCCUCCAGCGCAGCGCCUUCGCCCUCACUCUCAUCCUCCCGACGACUUCGCUGAAGCCAUCCAUCGCUACCAUGGCCAACGACGAGUAUGAUUUCCUCUUCAAAGUCGUGUUGAUCGGAGACUCUGGAGUCGGAAAAUCCAACCUUCUCAGCCGAUUCACUCGAAACGAGUUCAACCUCGACUCCAAGUCGACCAUCGGUGUCGAGUUCGCCACCAGGUCCAUCCAAGUCGACUCCAAGACGAUCAAGGCCCAGAUCUGGGAUACCGCCGGCCAGGAGCGAUACCGCGCCAUUACCUCCGCCUACUACCGCGGCGCUGUGGGAGCCUUGCUCGUUUACGACAUCAGCAAGCACCAGACCUACGAGAAUGUCACGCGAUGGCUCAAGGAACUGCGGGAUCACGCUGAUGCCAACAUCGUCAUUAUGCUGGUUGGAAACAAGAGCGAUUUGAGACACCUGAGAGCUGUCCCAACUGAGGAGGCCAAGUCCUUUGCUAGCGAGAACCACCUGUCCUUUAUCGAGACUUCUGCUCUCGACGCCAGCAAUGUCGAGCUUGCAUUCCAGAACAUCUUGACCGAAAUCUACCGAAUCGUAUCCAGCAAGGCGCUCGACAGCGGCGACAGUGCCCAGGCCACGAUUGGUGCUGGCACCAACAUCUCGCUCAGCAAGCCCGCCGAUGAUGAGUCGGCGUCGGGUGGAAAGUGCUGUUAAGUUCUCUUCGGGGACCGCUUCGCAACGGUUUAUAGGGCUUGGGGGUGGGAUACCAGGCGUCUCGUUUGUUCCCCGGAGAUGCUCGUCACAUAAGGAGAGACUCGAGGAGACGAGGAAUCGUGAUACGCCUUUUUUGAUAUCAGAAGGCGCGGUUACUUCGGCUUUCCUUUGUUCUUGUUUGUCAUGAUGGUUGUCUGGGUUGAUGCGUCCAACGAUCGCUGCGACAUGGUCAUCUUACGUAGCUGAAAUGAAUCCUUUAAUGCUCAUUCACAUGUACCUGCCUGCAUUCUGUUGACUUGCAGUGGUCUCCGUUGGGUUGAGAGGCACUUAGUACAGACCCCUCGCUCAAGGCUCUCAACAAACACACUCAGAGAGGAAUGCCCGGCGUGGUGGCGCCAGUCGCAUUUGCAGCUUCCAUCACUUGUAGCAUCUCCAAUGGACUCUCCCUGCAAGUUUCGGGCCACAUACCGGGCCUCCCGCCUGGGUCUUGACCUCGAUU